CCUGGCUGGGGUCAGCUGAUGGUGAUGAGUUGAUACUUUGGCUCCGUCCAUCGCGGACGCGCACUUCAUUCGCUCUCUUUUCUUUUCUUGUUUUUUACUUUUAAUUUUGUAUCCGUUUAAGUUUAUCAUCAACAGACAUGACACUUUCGGGUCUCCUCGCAGCAGCUUACGUGCUCGUCCUCCUCUGCAGUGUCCGGGGUAACUCAGCCUGGUCUCACCCGGCAAAGUCGUGCGGUUACCCUCCAUCGCAGUGGUGUCGCUCCCUGGAGAUUGCGCUUGAAUGCAAAGUGCAGAAGCAGUGCAUGGAACUCGCCGCCAUCCGUCCACAGGAGGCUGCCCCCCCUGUGUCUGUUACACUGUACUACGAGAGUCUGUGUCCAGCCUGCAGAUUGUUCAUCACUCAGCAGCUCUUUCCCACCUGGAUCUUACUGCGGGACAUCAUGAAGGUCACACUGGUGCCGUAUGGCAACGCUAAGGAGCUGGUCUCGGGUAAUACGACCUUCAGCUGUCAGCACGGGGAGACGGAAUGCCGCGGGAACAUGAUUGAGGCCUGCAUCCUCCACUUGUCUGCUCACACUGGUUUUCAGACCAUCUACUGCAUGGAAUCGGCAGCGGAUGUCCUCGGUGCGGCCCAGCCAUGUCUUCAGAUGCACGCCCCCACCAUCUCCUGGCUCAGCGUUGACUCUUGUGUCAGUGGCGGUUUGGGCCGAAGACUCAUGCAUGCCAACGCGGUCAUGACCAGAGCAUUGAGCCCCCCUCACACGCACGUCCCAUGGGUCACCUUCAAUGGGGAAUUCACAGAGGAAUAUGAAGAUAAGGCCAUGUCGUCCCUCUCCCAUUUGGUUUGCCAGCUUUAUAAGGGGGUGAAGCCUCCAGCCUGCAACGGAGUGCCGGUCAGACUUGACAGAGGUUUCUGCUGAAAACCAACCACUGAAUUAACUUGAUCUAUAUUGAUAUACAUUUUUCAACAUGCAUACAUUGGAGUCUUACUCAACCCAU